AUGGCGCAAUGGCAGCAGGAGCACGAGGCCAAGCGCAGAAUUGAAGCCCUCGUCUUCGAGCACCGCUGCGAGCUCGAGGACGAUGGUUUGGAUCCGGACGAGAUCGACCGGCGCUGUGUAGAGUUUCGAUCUCAACUAAACACCACGGCUGCAGCGCCGCCCGCGGUCGUUGAUGAGGUAUCACAACCGCUGCCGCGACUACUCGAGCAACUCCUCAGCCCGGACGACCGCGCUGCCGUCGAGCGGGCCGCGGUUGUGUGUCGGCGGCGCUACCCGCGCCUGAACGGGGAGGGCGACGUGACCGGCUCUGUAGCACAUGCGAUCACGUACUUGCACCGCGACGGCUAUUUUGGGAGGGACCACGGUCCAUUACUAAAAAAGAUCACGGACGCGAUGGCCCGCGACUGGCGCGGGCCGCCGUUAACUGUGCGCUGCGUCGAGCACCACGUCUAUACGGAAGGAGGCGGCUUGAUACUGGAGGACCACCGCGAUAUAGGCUCUUCUCUCUCUCUGUCGGUGCUGCUGUCCGACGAGUACGCGGGCGGCGCCUUCACGACGACCAGUGAAGCCGGCGUCGUGUUGACACACGCCCCGAGGGUGGGCGACGGCGUGCUCUUCGCGUCGGAGACGGUCCACAACGUCUCUACCAUAGAGAGCGGCGAAAGACGAGCACUGGUAAUUGAGCUCUGGACGGGGCCGGCGACGACGCACGAUCGAUCGAGAUAA